GUGACCGGCCCUGGCGGUGGACGUGGAGUGAGGGCCACGCUCCUCCAGCCCCAGACUCCAUCACUCUUACACAUUUUCUUUCCAGGUCAACGUGACAAACGCCAGCCGGUACGACUGCAAUGAGAUGUCCACCGCUACGGUCCUCCUGGCGGAUAUACUGCCCACCCUGAUUAUAAAGUUUACAGCUCCGUUUUACAUCCACCAGAUACCGUACAAUUACAGGGUGUCCUUGUGCAUCAUCACGGCCGCUGCCAGCUUCCUCAUCGUGUCGUUCUCCACACAUGUUGCGGUCAGUCUGCUGGGGGUCGUAUUCGCCAGUGUCUCGUCCGGUCUGGGAGAAGUCACAUUCCUCAGCCUCACCGCCUUCUUUUACAGUGAUGUGGUGUCAUACUGGUCCUCUGGCACUGGUGGUGCAGGGAUCCUGGGUGCUCUUUCUUACCUUGGUCUUACAGAGGCCGGAGUUUCUCCCCGGAACUCCCUGCUGGUGAUGCUGAUUAUCCCAGUUAUGCUUUUGAUAAGUUAUUUUGCCCUCCUGCUCCCUCCAUCCUCUCUCCCACGAUGGAAGUUUCCCGCAGGUCAUAGUUCAGUGAAAGAGCCUGACCGGCGCCCCCUGUUGCAUGAACCAUCAUCUCGAGAGUCAGGGAAAAAGCCUCAUCGGACAAUGGCCAGUAAGUGGAGGAUAAUUAAGUCCCUCCUGAGGUAUAUGCUCCCCUUGUCGCUCGUCUACUUUGCUGAAUACUUCAUAAACCAGGGCCUGUACGAGCUGAUUUACUUUCCAAACAUCAAGAUCAGCCACUCGAUGCAAUACCGAUGGUACCAGAUGCUGUAUCAGGCCGGAGUGUUUGUCUCUCGAUCCUCAGUUCGAUGCUUUAAGAUCAGACACAUCUGGAUCCUCGCUUGUCUUCAGUGUGGAGUCGCCACCUUCCUUCUCGUGGGGGUGGCAUAUGUAUUCCUCCCGAGUCUGACGCUGCCCGGCAUCUUCCUGAUUAUCAUCUUCGAGGGUCUUCUCGGGGGCGCCGCGUACGUCAACACUUUCAACAACAUUGCAGUUGAGAGUAAAGCAGAAGACCAGGAAUUCGCCAUGUCUGUGGCCUGCGUGUCGGACACCCUGGGGAUAUCGCUGUCCGGAGUCAUCUCCAUUCCCGUCCACAACUACUUCUGUGGCCUCUCAUGAAGUCCUGCGCCUGUGCUGGCCGGACGGAGAUGUGUGACCUUUCUCUGCACCACCAGGAGGUGCUCUGUAAUGUGGAGGACCCUUUGUCUUGCUGGAGACUACUACUGAGGUCUGACACAUCGGAGCGGAAUUCAACAUUGUGAUGGAAGGGUCAGGAGAAGACUCGUGGCGUUGAUGGUGCACAGUACAACUUCUCAGGUGUUGGAUUUCCUGGAUCUGCUCUCGUUCUGGACGUACGAAAUCUGCACAGUUCAACUUCUCUUGUAAUUUAGGUGACAUUCUCCUUAUCUGUGAUUUAUGCAGAUUUCCAUUUUCCACCCUGAUCUACUGUAUAUCACCUAUGGAGCAGUACAGCGGGGGACCAAAAUAAAUAAUAGCCGAGCACACCCCCUGCAGGUCACACUCUGUAUUGAAGCAUAGCAUAAGAUGUAACUGCCCACUAUUAGGGUGUAAUAACUGAGGCGUGAGGUGCCUCGUACCUCGGUGAUAUCUCUCUCGUCUUGGUGAAUGGGGGGUACAAUCCAUGUCCUCCCGAGGUCUCUGUCUUCUCAUUCACUCCGGCCUCGUAGCUCCAGUUCCUGAUUCAUUUGGACAUGGAAUGUACGGAGGAAUCUCCGGGUUUACCAGAAUCCUAAGGAUCGCCUCUGAUUUAUUUUAUUUUUUAACUGUAAUUUAUUAACGGGGGUCACUUACUUUGUUGGGCUGAACAUGUGACCUAAAAAUAUUAAAAGAAAGUAA